AUGUCGGAUCCGCUAACUCUUCGACCGAAAGACUCUACAGAGUCCUUGUACAUCUCCGAAUCUUCGACUGACGACGAGGGCUUGGACUUCAGGGCGGAGCCGCCAGAGAAGACCGACGGUGCUUUCCUUACGGGUGUGCGGAGGGGACUCAAGAAGCUAGGAUCUGUUUCUGGUAGCCGUGGUCGACCUUUUAAUAUUCAAACGAGCAAAAGCUCUACACCGGACCUCUAUCCACGUUCAGCAAGUACCGACCGAUCCUUGAUAUCGCAGCAUGAAAGGAAGUUGAGUGGUGCGAACCUCGAAAAGCCUCUUCCAACCCUGCCAACGACACCUACAUCCCCGAUCGUCGAAGACGCUCCGGGCGACCCCCCUGACACACCAAAAACUCUAAAGGCUAUGUCGCGACCUGCUCCGACAGGUAGUAGAAUCAGCACGUUAGAUUCUACGAGCGCUCUUCAAAAUCCCUCUAGCGGAUUGAGGUCGACCUCGGGCACAUCCAAGGUGGAUAUGAGCAGUAGUCAGACUAGUCUCCCUAGCAGACAGGAUAGAGGUGCAGGGGCCGAGGAUAAUCAGGAAAAUGUUUUGACGCCAAGGAGCAAUGGACCUCCGUCGGCCGUACCAUCUCCAGCACAACAGCCUCGCUCUUUGGCAGCUGGUGGAGCUGGCACUUCUGGAACAACGCCAUCGACACAUUUGUCAGGUCUCAUGUGUAACGUACACCGAACCACUGGCAAAGAACCCCAUCCCUUGGUCGGCGCUACAACUACAAUACUGGGCGAUAAACUUUACGUAUUUGGCGGUCGAAUUCUAUCCCGGACGCGUCCUUCGCUGACAGCCGACUUGUACGAGCUUGAUUUGAUACAGCGGCAUUGGACAAAGGUCGAAACUACAGGGGAUAUACCACCACCGAGAUACUUCCACAGUGUUUGCGCCCUUGGCGAUACCAAACUGGUGUGUUACGGAGGAAUGUCCCCGGCUCCACCACAGAGCCAGGCCCAAAUGGCUGCAUCUGCGCAAAGUGGUCAGGAUGCCCAGCCAGAGGUCGUCGUGAUGUCUGACAUUUAUAUAUAUGAUGCACCAUCAAGAAUAUGGAGUUUUAUACCCACAAACGAUACACCGCAGGGAAGAUAUGCUCACUGCGCUACUACACUUCCUUCAUCGGCAGCAUUUGCUUCCGCACAUGCCCCUUCUUCCGCACUACAUCACAAUCCUCAAGGCCCAAACCCCAAUCAAGGUGUCAUAGGAGUCAAUAUAGAUGGUGCUGGUGGCGCUGAAAUGGUUGUUGUGGGCGGUCAGGACAGUGCCAAUCACUACAUUGAGCAGAUUAGCGUCUUCAACCUACGCAGUCUGAAAUGGACCAGCACUCAACAGCUUGGAAAGAGCUGUGGGGCAUACCGUAGCGUUGUAGCGCCUCUUCCAAGCCACGUUUCUGCAAAAAUAGGCAAGGCAACGCCUAACAAAUCAGAUCAUAGUGGAUCGAGUCAAGAUUCACGGGAGCCUGGGUCGUCAAUGCUGAUUUAUUCUAAUUACAACUUUUUGGAUGUCAAGUUAGAGUUACAAGUCAGAGCUUCCGAUGGAACUCUAGUAGAAAAGCCCAUGCACGGAUCAUUUUCUCCUCCCGGUCUUCGAUUUCCAAAUGGCGGGGUUAUCGAUACCAAUUUCGUGGUUAGUGGGACGUAUCUCACUUCCUCAAAACAGGAGUAUGCAUUGUGGGCCCUCGACUUGCGAACUCUCACAUGGAGUCGCAUCGACGCUGGUGGCAGUGUCUUCAGUCAGGGCAGCUGGAACCGUGGAGUUUUGUGGAAUCGAAGGAAUACAUUCGUUAUCCUUGGUAACCGAAAGCGAAGUCUUGUCGAGGAUUAUAAUCAUAGACGCAUAAAUUUUACUAAUGUUUGUAUGGUCGAACUUGAGGCGUUUGGAUUGUAUGAUAACCCUCGAAAGGCAGCACCUAUGUCAGGUUUUGUCUCGGCCAGUUCGCCUUUCACAACCCCUUCAUUAAAUAUCAGCAGCAAACCAGCAGGGUGGAAUGCAGGUGGACGCACACUUUCGAAAGCGGCGGAGGAAUUAGGACAAAGUGCUUUAGCUCUCAGAGAACUGGCUGACAUGGACAUUCUUUGUGUCGGCGGUGAGCGUAUCCCAGUGAACUCUCGCAUUAUUGCAAGAAGAUGGGGAUCAUAUUUCGUCCAAUUAUUACGCGAGGGUACAGCAACACAAGACGGCAACGACGCCGCUACACUACGUCCAGACAAUCUCUUUCGCCAUAAUCCAAGCAGGAAUAGUAGUGUUACUAUUACACCUAGUCUCGGUGCGCAGUCCUCAAGUCUUUCUACUUCAUCAACUUUGAAUAGCUCUUCUCUAUCGGAUCCCGCGGCUCUCGCUCUCCCUCCCGACUCGGGUACAUUACCACCUAAUUCCAGGCCGCGGACACUCUACCUUCCUCAUACACAGCUCACACUUCAAGCUUUACUCAACUUUCUAUAUACAUCAUCUCUUCCUGCAAACAAUUCUCCACUCUGCACCCCGCAGAUACUCUGCAGUCUAUUGCAAUUAGCACGACCAUACAAAAUUGAUGGUUUACUGGAAGCUGUCGUAGAGAGGUUACAUGGUGUGUUAGAUAGUAGGAAUGCUGCAGCAGUUUUCAAUGCUAGCGCCAUGGCCGCUGGAGGUGGUCGUUCUACAUCAACAGCCUCAGAUAUUGCAGAUCCCUGGAGUCUCAACAGGCUGUCUAAUGGGGCCGAGACCCUCAUGCAGCUUGGACUUGAUAACGAAAUAAGCUCUCACGCCCCACAAUCCUUACGAAUCAAUACCAGUGUUGGUAACCUAGGGACUGGCCAGGGCGGGAGAAGACAAGACGAUGAAGAAAGCAUGAGUGCGACAAGCAGUGUUGCAAGUGAUAUCAGUGGCAGUGAUAUCAGUGGAAGCAUUGACACAUCGGAAUCUGGUAGAAUUAAUAGUGUUGGAGAAAUUUGGAGGGGCGAUAUUAGUGCUGUUAUUGGACUACAGAAGAGAGGUCUCCGAGGUUUGAUGGAAGGCAGAAGACUUCGAGAGAGGAGUGCUAGCGUAAGCGCAGCCUCGUCGCAAAGAGUAGGACUGGGGAUUGCAAACGGUUAA